AUGGUAUCGUGCUCCAUGGUUGUGUAUUCUUUCAAGUCUCUUCCGUACUUCCGCAAAAAUGCUCCUCUUCCUUGGUUUGAAGCUCUUUCGUGUUUCCGUGCUCUUCUGUUCUUCAUUUCACGCUCUUCCGUCGUGCUCGCACCACUCUGCGCGCUGUCAUGUUUCCUUGGUUUCGUGCUCUUCCUUGGUUCAAGGAUUAUCCCUGACUCGGUGCUCUUCCGCGUUUCCUCGCAGUUGAUCCUCUGGCGGAGUCGCCAGUCGCUCGUGCCAAGAAAUGGUGCGAAGAAACGUCGAAUAGGUGACGAUAAUGCCGACAGUGAGUGGAGCAAAGGUGAAAGUGAAUCGUCGGCUUCAGAGGAGGAAAGCGCGGGCUUUGCUGGCUCCGGUAUCUUUGGAUCUACGUCACUGGUGGAAUGCCCAGGUCUAAGUACUACUAUCUUCGGCACUUGGAAAGCUUUCUCGGAGUACUUUGAGACGUACGCUUCGGACACGUAUCAGCCAUUCCGCAUUCGUGACACUGUUACGGUGGAAGCUAUGAACAAGAAGACCAGAACACGCUGUACAUCUGGAGUUCCUAGUGUUUUACCAUACUAUUGUGGCACCGACAAGGAGAAAACUAAACCUAUUUACACUCGCACCUACAUUUGCACUCACGGUGGAAAACCUAGAUAUCGUGGAAAAAAACAAAGAAAACUUCAAAGCUACCGGUCUAUAGGAUGCCGGCCAUAG